GCACACGUUAGGCACGUCGGACGACGCAACAGGGCGCGCUUAGGUUUUUGCCUUGACAGCGACUUUAGUUUUGGCUGGCCGUUUCCUCGUUUCUCUCCAUACGAUUCCUCAUUGGCUACUCUGCUUCUCAUCAAACCAAAAGCUCUCAAUACAGGUUGCUGAAGUAUAUUCUAAUUUUUUGCUGCAAGUUUUACAAGUUCUAAUGGAGUCAAAGCCUCCUCAAAAUCCCCCUAGGAAGCAUAAAUUUGUGCCUAAAGCUCCCCCCCGCCGGGCGCCAAAGCCUGAAGUUAAAAGCGAGAAGGUUGAGGAAGUUGAUGCAGUUCAGGCAAUGAAUUUGAUGAAACAAUUCCAGGAAAGGUCCAUGAAGACAAAGUCUAAAGUUGAAAAGAAAGUGCAUGCUUCGCAAAUUGCAUUUGGUUUUGGAGCUGCAUCUAGUGGCUUGAAAUCAUACGGUGUCCCAAAAAGGGGGAUUGCAAGUAACCAAAAUCAGGGUUCAGCUUUCACUGGCGGUGAUCCUUCAUCAGGACUUGGACAAAAAGAAUAUGCGGAACCAUGGGAUUACUACAGUUAUUAUCCUGUUACUCUUCCUUUGAGGAGGCCAUAUGCAGGAAAUCCAGCAAUCCUUGAUGUGGAGGAAUUUGGGGAGGCUUCAGGAACUGCAAGUUAUGAUGAAAAUUCUACAAAUCAUGCAGCUGAUCUUGGUUUAAUGGAGGAAAACAUUGAGGCAAGUAUGUUCUUUCUUCAGUUACCACCGACAGUGCCCAUGAUAAAGCGAUCAGCAGCUGUGGAUGACCAUGAAGUCAAGCAAAGCUCAAGGGCUUCAGUAGAGAAGACCUGUAAAUUAGAGGAUUUACCAGCUGGCCAAAUGGGUAAAAUGCUAGUGUACAGGAGUGGUGCAGUAAAGCUGAAGCUUGGUGAAACCCUUUAUGAUGUCUCCCCAGGUAUGGAUCGUGUAUUUGCCCAAGAUGUCGUAGCAUUUAAUACAGCAGAGAAGCAUUGCUGUGUUGUUGCAGAGAUCAACAAGCACGCCACACUAACCCCUGACGUGGAUUCCAUCAUCAAUAGUAUGGCUGAUUUGUGACAGUAAUAUUGGUUCCUUAGAUAGAUGAAACUGAUAAAUCUAUAGUGUUAUUCCCCAAAGAGAAAGGUAUAAGAGUUCUUUAUUCAUUUAUUUUUAACAUUACUUCAUGAAAAAGAAAAAUAAACUGCAGAUAGAGAAAAAAGAGAGGGGAAUGAAGGAUUGCUUUUUGGAUUCUUUCAACGAAAAAUGAAGGAAAAAUAUGAAUUACUGUUCUUCCUUAUCUCAAUACAUGAAAUCUGUAAUUGAGAAUCAUAAUUGACUUGAUGAA